CAGGGAGCCAUUGGAAUUCAAUGUCGCAGUUUUAAACCUUCCGGCUGCUCAAGGGCAGUCCUGAAGCCCGUGGCCGCUCGGGCAAGAAGCGAAAUGGUAUCACAUGGGGAGAGGUGGGUUUGUUGAUGUGUGUUGUUUUUGUUUUUGUCGUUUGUUUGCUAUUGUUUGCUUGCUUGCUUGUUGUUUGUUGUUUGGUUGGUCGGUCGGUCGGUCGUUUGUUUGGUUGGUUGGUUGGUGGUGGUGUUGAACAGGUCUUGAUCCUGAGAAGAUCGAUUUGAACAUAUUUGAACUCUCCCUGUGCAGGUGAAAUCGACCCUGGAAAAAAAACAACCGUCUUGGUUGGACUAGGCCUCGGUAGGGCCGGUGCUUCAGCUUGUAGGGCCGGCAUGCACGGUCGCAGACCGAACCUGACACCCUGACGUUCUAACAGCCGUUCGCCCUGCAGCCGGGCCUGUCCUGCAGCCGUUUUGGGUUGUUUGAGACUUCCAGAUCCACAGUUGACAGAUUUCCUGGAAUGUUUUGGAUAAAGUUGGCGUUGCUGCUUCCGCAGGGCCUGGCUUUGCGUGAGAUCAUGCGGGAUUUUGCCCCGACCAAGGAGCAGGUGGAAAAGAUCAGCAAGUCCAAGACCCGAUGUGUGAUGCCCAUGGCGAAUUCGGGACAUGGCUUUGUUUGUGAACAAGAUUUGGAAGGCAGUUCAAUGGUCCGCUGUCUUCGUUGUGGACAACUCUUUGGAAGCCAGAUUGAUCCCAUGCAGGAGUGCACAAUCAAGACACAGCCUUAUAAGUGGCUCUUCCGGAUGGUCUCAAGCGUCAAGGUCAAGGUGCCGAGAUCCUGGUCCACCCGGACCUGUCGGCGAUUGAUGCUGCAGGUUCCUCGUUGGCUGGGCAGCCUCUCAGAACUGCCGUGCAUCAAAAAGGACUCUGGGCGAGGCUAUAAGCGCUGGUGCCUCCUGCCACAAUCUGCAGAUGGACGUUUGGUGGAGGUGCUCAAUGCAGAGAUCUCAGAGGUGGAUCUGGACUCCAUGCAAUACUCGGCCCCCUAUCUCAAUACAGAGCUCCAACCCAGAGCUUUGGUGGGGGGCGUGAGCAUGUGUCAGCCACCCGCCGUCCUUCUUCGGGCGAGGCGUUGGAGAGACGUUGGGUUUGUGGUGGUCCAUCUGCUUUGCUCCAAAGAAGCCUCAGACAGAGUUCCAGGCCUUGAUGAGAUUUGUAGAUAUUUGUGCCCUGCCCAUGUGAUAGUAAUGAACCCAAUCAUAAGGUGACUGCCUCCAUCACACCUUGGCUGGUUCAUGGAGGCCACAUUUACCACCCCUGUCAACCCAGGAAAGAAAUGAAAGAUUGAAAUUGAACACAUAUAAACCUCCGGGGGAUGAUGAGGC